AAAACGAUAGUGUACUAAUAUUGUCUCAAAGUCCGUCCAAGUUCAAUUAAAAUCCCAAGUCUACAAGAAAUCAAACUAACUCCAACCACUAGUUUUCGAUUACCACCUCUUAGAGUCUUGUUUAUUUGCAAAGAUCAAUAAUUAAAUUGUAGCUAGCUAAUAUAUUAUCAUUCACUAUUUUCGAAGCAUUGAAACCAAGCCAUGGGAGAAGUUGAUCCAGCUUUCAUCCAAGACGCCGAGCACAGGCCUAAGCUCUCCAAUACCAAACCCGGCGACGGCGUCGAAGGGGUGCCACUUAUCGACCUCUCACAGAUAAGGGCGUCGGACGCCGAUGAUCAUGAUCCUCGAAAAAACGAGGAUCUAGUGAGAGAGAUAGGAAGUGCGUGUGAAGAGUGGGGAUUCUUCCAGGUGAUCAAUCACGGUGUUGCGACGGAGACUCGGCGGAGCAUUGAGUCCGCGGCGAGGGCGUUCUUCGGGCAGGCGCUGGAGGAGAAGAGGAAGGUAAGGAGGGAUGAGAAGAGCCUGUUGGGUUACUACGACACUGAGUUAACCAAGAACGUUAGGGACUGGAAAGAUGUGUUUGACAUGGCUGCUGUGGAGCCUAUCAUAGUCCCUUCUACACCUGAUCCUGAUGACCAUGAUCUCCUUGAGUGGUUCAAUCAAUGGCCAGACUACCCUCCUGAAUUCAGGGAAGCAUGUGAAGAAUAUGCUAGAGAAACGGGGAAACUAGCUAUGAAGUUGAUGGAACUAAUUGCACGGAGCUUAGGAUUGCCAGCAAACAAGUUCAAAGACUAUUUCAAAGACCAAACAUCCUUUAUGAGACUCAAUCACUAUCCACCUUGCCCCUUCCCUCACUUGGCUCUUGGUGUUGGUCGCCACAAGGAUUUUGGUUGCUUAACUGUACUGGCUCAAGACGAUGUUGGAGGAUUGGAAGUUAGGAGAAAAUCUGAUGGGGAAUGGAUUUCUCUCAAACCCACCCCAGAUGCUUAUAUCAUCAAUGUUGGUGAUAUCAUUCAGGUAUGGAGCAAUGAUAGAUAUGAAAGUGUGGAGCAUAGAGUAAGGGAAAGAUUUUCCAUUCCAUUCUUCCUGAACCCGGCACACUACACUGUGGUCAAGCCCUUAGAGGAGUUGAUUGAUGAGGAUAACCCGCCCAAGUUCAGAGCAUAUAGUUGGGGCAAAUUUCUUAUUCACAGGAGCCACAGCAAUUUUAAGAAACAAAAUGUUGAGAAUAUCCAGACUUAUCAUUUCAGGUUGCAGUAGCAAACUGUUCUUCAGUCUAAAGUCUAUAUGUAUGUAUGUAUGUAUGUAUGUAUGUAUAAGCGCAUAUGUCCCGGUUCCCUCAAAUAUAUUAUCCCAUGUCUCGUGUAGACUGUCAGUUUUAAUCUUAACGGUCAUAAAGUUGGUGAA